AUGUCUGAAUCCAACAACGUCGUCCACCAAGAUGCAAACUACGAUCCCGAUGUCUUCGACCCAGAGGGCGAUGUCCUCACCACAGACCACCUCCACGCUUUCAUGGAGGAGGGCAGACCCAUGCUCAACAACUACGUUCGCCAUGUCAAAGUCGGCGGCGGCCAGCAUGGCGACGUGUACCUCUGCCACAGAAUCAACUCAAAGCUGCCCCCAAGCCAUCCAGAGCGUCGCCUACCGGUGGCCAUGAAAUCCGUCAAACGGAACAAUCCCCGCGCAGAGAAGAUGAAGAUGCUCCAGUCCCACCGCAUGCCCACCUCGGCCCACGUCUCCUUAGCCGACAAGCUCAACACCACCGAGGCAAAAAUACGGAAGGAAAUCGCCAUUAUGAAGAAGCUACGCCAUCCCCACGUCGUCAGGCUUUACGAGGUUAUAGAUGAUCGUAUGAAAGAGAAAAUAUAUAUGGUCAUGGAAUAUCUUGGAGGUGGAGAGGUGAAAUGGCGGGAUAACCACAACAAUCCUGUCCUCACCAUCUCGCAGACACGCCGAAUCAUACGAGACGCUGUUCUUGGUCUCGAAUAUCUCCACCAUCAGGGUAUUAUACACCGUGAUAUCAAGCCCGCGAACCUGCUCUGGACGGAAGACCGCCGCCAAGUCAAGAUUGGCGACUUUGGUGUCUCCCACUUCUCUUAUGCUCAGCGUCUCGCCGCAGCUGGCGGGAAGGAUGACACUCACGACGCGAACGACCCCAUCCUCCUCGACGACUCUAACCUCUCGCGACGGGCAGGUACACCGUCCUUUCUGGCUCCUGAGGUAAUAUUCGAGCACACCGUCGGUGUCCCAGGGUCGAUUUCUUCACGCAACCAGUCGCCCUCGUCGUCCCAGACAUCUUCAACUGCGUCGGCUACGAUCCAGCCUAUUCCUGGCGCCCUUAAACGCCCCGAGAUCACGAAGGCCAUCGACGUUUGGGCUCUCGGUGUUACCCUCUACUGUCUUCUCUUCGGCACGACGCCCUUCUCGACUGAACAGAACGAGUUUGCACUAUACGACUGCAUAUGCAAUGACAAAUGGAAGCUCCUUCCGACGAUGGGGUAUGACCAGGUACCGACAGGCGCGCCGGGCGUUGAUGCAGGUACGACUGGGACAAGCGCAGAUGCGAGCAAAGGCACUAGCACAAGCGAGGACCCCGCGGGGAUCAUCGACCUCCUCGACCACUUCCUCCAAAAGGACGCCCGGGCGCGGAUAACGCUCGACGAAGUCAAGCUAUCGCAGCGCUACGAAUGGCUCCUGGCGGACCUCAACAACCCGGAGUACUGGCUCAGGGUGACCUCGCCAACGAAGGAGAAGAUCAGUGUGUCCCGUGGGGAGGCAUCCGACGCGAUGACCAAGGUGGUGUUCCAAUGGCGCUGGGGAAACAGGAUUGCUAGAGGCGUGUCAUCGUUGUUCAAGGGCUCUGCGCGGCCGACGGGUGCUGCACGCGGUGCACACUUGACGCCGAACGGGACGAGGGCGGCGCUGGGUGCUCCGGCGGAUAGCCUAGGUAGAUCCAGUCGCUGGAACCCACGCGAAAGGGUCAACUCGCAGGCAUCUUCGUCUACGGCUGUCUUGCUGGGUAAGACGAAAGGCAAAGACAAGGGCAAGGCGAAGGACGACUCACUACGAUCCAAGACCCCGGUACCCGUCCAAACACCAACACCGAAGCCGUCGAAGAAGGCGCUCAAGGACCAGGAGGGCCAACAGCAGCUCCCACAGCGCACGCUGAAUGGCAAGGCGUCGACGAUGACCUCGUCGAGCCGCGUGGCCUCUGGUUCGUCGACGGCAACGACGAACACAAACGGGAUGAGGAGCAAGCCGUGGUGGCGCGAGCUCAAGUACAUCAUCACCUGGUCCCCGAAGAAGUUCGCUCCUCUUCCACCAGAGCAGGAGAAGCAGCGCCAGCCAUCUCCGCACGAGAAGACGCCUCGCCAUCUCGCAUUACCGCCCUUCCAUCAACCAGCACACGACCCUCCAUCGUACCACCACCAUCACCACCACCACCUGCCCGCACCGUAUACCGCCCCCGUUUCGUUGGGCAACUCCGCCGAUGCUACCCCCACGACGCUCACACUCGCUGGCGAGAGCGGCGAGCCCAUGCUCAUCAUGCCGCCCAGCACGCGGCGGAGUGAAGAGGCGCUGCGGAUGUACGGCGCCUCUUCAAUGAUGAACGCGGCAGACUCUGACGCCGACAGCAGCUCUGGGGUCGGGCCUGGGGCGAACCCUGUUCUGACGGCCGCGCGGCGCGCGUCGAGCUGGGGCCAGGAUGGCGAUGUGAAGGAGGAAUUCGAGCUCGAGAGCGUGCGCUCGGUCGGGGCCGAGCUGAACGAGCUGGUGAUGAACGUCGGUGCGGGCGGCGUCCAACCCGAGGACCAGCGGCCGACGGCGGUAGGCGUUGUUGGUGGAGGCGUUGGAGCGUUUGGGAUGCUAGGCGUUGCAGGCCCCGGCCCGUCGACGAUGCAGCACGCCAGUUCAAAUGCAAGGCUGACCCCGAUUCUGAAGCCGGACGCUCCGAUGACGGACCUCGAGCGCUAUGGAGAGCCUGUUAUUGACGACUCGUCGACAAUUGGAAGUGGGCGUGGAGGACGGAGUAGUGGGAGCAGCGUCGAGGGCGAUGAGGGUGUGCGGUGGCGGCGGGAGGACGACGAGGGUACGCAUGAAGAUGAGCGGGGCUACCGACGUCGCACCGACAAUGACGACGACCAUUACCACGAAGAAUUCUCGGACGACGGGGAAGAAGACGACGACGACGACCACAGCUCGGAACACGUUGUAACAUUUUCUCCUCGCCGCCGCCCCACCGCUGCGUUUGACUCGCCUCCGGGUGCGAAUGACGAAGUGCAGAUCCCGCCGCUUGAAUUCAAGCACCAGCAACAACAAGCACAGCACGCCUAA